AUGCAUAGUCAGCGAAGGGAGUCGCCAACACGAACAUUUUCGCCCGUCCUGGGUGCCAUGCAACAUUGCACUUUGGAAUGUGCCAGCCCGAGCAUCCUUGCGCAAACUAUCGACACCAAGCUAAACCUUACAUUCCCAAAGUACAGCAAGCCAUUCGAUGUCACUUCGCGCUUAAGGCUAUUUUUCGAGAAGCCGAUCAUCUUUCAUGGGUUCACUGUGGCAUCUGCAGUACAUCGUGACAUUCUCCGGAACGAGCCUGCACUUUCGCGCGACCAAGAGAUCAUCGUCCAUCACAGUAAGCUGCUGCGCUUGCUGCACGACCUUUUGAACAAUCUAGACGAUGCCGAUAUCGAGCUCGCUGUUCUGGCGAUCCUCCUCCUAACCCUUGCAGAUCUCGAUUGCUUCCAGCUCGGUCGUGACUCCAUAAUCCCGUUCAUACCGCAUAUGGCCUCAGCAAACUGGAUCAACGUAUUUGGCAGAGUUAUGAGUCUGGAUAACUCGCGCUUCAACGAGCAUGUACGCGCCAUGGAGACGCUAUCGAUGCGUCGCGGCGGCAUACAACAGCUACAGCUCCCAGGUCUUGGUGUGCAAGUCGCAUAG